AAGGCUACACCGUUUCAUCCCACAACAGCGCCAUCCUUCCACAGUGUGUUUCGGUGGGAGAUCCCUCUCAGGAAAGAGUUUGGCAAGGAAAGGGUUAAGGGGUUUACAGGGUUCAGAUCGAUGCCUCCUCUCCCACACGUCGCCAUGAACAAAUGAAUUCGCGGGGACUUAAAUAUCAAUUUCACAAAGGAGAGCGAGUCCUGUGCUUUGAACCCGACCCUACCAAGGCUAAAGUGUUGUAUGACGCUAAGGUCCUUGAUGUCUUGAUAGGUACAGAUGAACAUGGAAGACGAAUCCCAAAGUACCUGAUUCACUUCAAUGGUUGGAACAGAAGCUGGGAUCGUUGGGCUGCAGAGGAUCAUGUCCUAAGGGACACCGAGGAAAACCGUAAAUUACAGCGUAAACUGGCUCGCAAAGCUCUAGGUCGCAUGAAGAGAAAGGGAUGGGUAAAGAGGCGGCGUCGUCAGUCUGGUACUAAAUCUUCUCUGAAGACUCUCCCAAAGGAGGACGACAGCGAUGACGCAUGCUUAAUUUCAACUUCAGAAAGCAGUGAAGGGGACGAUUCUGACCCUGAAUCUUCAAAUAGUGGGGACAGCACCUUCUCUGAGGAUAUCAACAAAAUGAGGGUUGAGCCAGACAUUAAUGUAAAGAGGGACUGUGAGGAGAAGAUCGUUCAUGUUGACAUAAACAUCCCCGACGUUCUGAAGAAGAAACUGGAAGAUGACUGCUUCUACAUCAACAAGAGGAAGAAGCUUGUGAUGGUUCCCUGUCAGACGAACGUCGUUCACAUCCUGGAGUCUUAUGUCAAGCACUUUGCUAUCAACAAAGCAUUCAUGGCCAACGAGCGGUAUAGGCGUCAGCAGACCACCACACAGAACAGCAGUCCGCAGCCAGUCCCUCCAGAGAAGAGCGAGGAGCUGUGUAAGGAAAUGGUUGAUGGCCUGAGGAUCACUUUUGACUUCACCUUACCCAUGAUCCUCCUCUACCCCAGUGAGCAAGCACAGUUCAAAAAGGUCACCUCCUCAAGGGUCUUCCUGGCCAUGAAUGAAGGCUCCCCCUGCUCGAGCAACACCCAAAGAGAGCGCAGCCCAAGCCCGCUGGGGCACAACCCCCCUACCCCGCAGUCCACAGACAGCCAGCCAGCUCUGAGCGACAUCUCUACUACCACCCCCACCGCUCCAACCCCAACCCCAAAGCGCCGGCGCCACCCUGAUAUGGACUGCAUCUCAUACCAGUCGCAGUCACUGAGGCGCUCCACCAGGAACACGUCUGGAGGUGACCGUCCAGCUGAGGGAAGCAGUGGCGGUGGAGGCAGUGCCACAGCAUCACCGCAGCUCAAACGGCGUGUGGUUGACACUUCAUCGCAGCCCAAGUUCUUCCUCAACCUUGACAAAAGAACUCCAGUGCACAGUGGCUCCUCUUCCCCGUUGCCCUUGACCCCAAGCAAAGAGCGAAGCGGCCCUUUCCACGGCCUGGAGAGCCGCAGAAACAACGAGCUCAAUGAGGUUUUGAGCUGGAAGCUGACUCCUGAUAAUUACCCUUUGACUGACCAGCCUCCUCCGCCCUCCUACCUUUAUGGGUCACAGCACCUUUUGCGGCUCUUCGUGAAGCUUCCUGAGAUUCUGGGGAAAAUGCAGCUCCCUGAGAGGAAUCUCCGAGCCCUGAUCAAACAUCUGGAGCAGUUCCUCAGGUUUCUGGCCGAGUUCAAUGAGGAUUUUUUUCCAGAGUCUGCAUAUGUGUCAGCAUCGGAGGCCCACUACAGCAUGAAACAACCGAGGCCGGUUUACUGAAGGAGACGCCCCCCCCCCCUUUUGCUUGUCACCUCUAGCCCAAACAUUAAUUUUCUUGGUGUUGGAUUGUGGAACAUUUGCUUCUGCCGUCCCACUAACCCACGCACUGUGUGAGGCCGCCCCGUACUGCUUUGCUUUGGUUUAUGCCGAGGCGUGUCGAUUGGCUUGUGUUGGCCACCUUUUCGUAACCCUCGGAAAGACUGAAAUCUUAGAAAACUACUAACAAGCGAAGCCUCACUUUCUUCUCACUGUAGUUCGGAGCUGUAGUUUUGGAAUAUUGUGGCCUGUCUGUUGAGCAGAAGCGAACACCAUUACCAAGCUCUGUCUGUCUGCAUUCCCAGCGAACGAAUUUGGGAAACUCACAAGGGCUCUGUUUGCAGAUUUGCCUGUUUGGAAGCUUAGUCAUGGCUUCCUAUGCAGCGCUGCCACCAAGCUUCUGGAUACGAGUGCCCUGCAGCUACAGUAGGACUCGCUCUAUCCUCAGUGUUUUUCUGCUUUCGCUGAGCCGCUCUAAUUCACGGACUGUUCAAGAACUUUCCUUCAGGACUGUUUUCUUUAGGUUCUUGGAAGUUUUAAGGUCUAUUCAGUGUCCCAAGAGUUUUUCUUCUACUUUCCUGCUUCGUCUCACUUCUGUUUUCUUUGCAUGCCUGCUAACUGUCAGUCAUCUUUUUUUACUGUCUGCCCUCCUGUCAGUAAGACUAAAAUGCAGUGGUGUUUAAGAAAGUUCUGUUUUGUCCAUCUUCAGUUAACAGGUAUUCUUAACGACCCCGAGGCUGUGAGGACUGUUUUCAGACCGGUUCAGUUGGGAAUUUCAUGCACGUACUAUUUAAUGCAGCAAAAGCAAUGAGCUGCUUACUCAUGACAUUGUGAACAUGUAAAUAAAUACAAAAUGUCUGUCCACCAGUAUGUUAUUUUUCAAAGUACACCGCUGGUUCACUCCAGUAAUACCUCAAAUUCUGUUUGAGCUCUCAUGCUAUGCACAGAGUGUCUGAAUUUUCUGUUUCAUUCAGUUUUGUUUCCUUCCAGCCCUGUUCAGUUUAAAUAA